AUGGGAUCUGCAGUCGCUUACCACUUGGCACGUCGUGGUUGGGGAGACAAGACUAUCCUUAUAGAAAAAGAAAAAGUAGGCGCCGGUAGCCGCUGGCAUGCUUCGGGACUUGUUGGCGCUUUCAAGCCUUCAUUGGCUCAAGUGAAACUUACUCAAUCAUCAAUACGACUUUUACAAGAGUUGGAAGCCCGUGGUAGGUCCACUGGUUGGAAGCAAUGUGGGUCGCUCCUGCUAGCGAGGACAAGGGAUAGGAUGACUGUCUAUAGAAGAAUGAAGAGUCAAUCAGUUUCCUGGGGUAUACCAUGCGAACUGGUCACGCCGAAAGGGUGUCAAGAGAUCUGGCCGAUGCUGAAUGUCGAUGACAUACUUGGUGGGCUUUGGAUACCCGGGGAUGGCGUCGGUGAUCCACAUCUGUUUUGCAUGUCCCUUAUGCGAGAAGCCGUCGAAAGUGGCGUGGGCGUUAUGGAGGACUGUAAGGUGACGUCCGUACUGUCCAAGGGCGACACAGUAUGCGGCGUGGAGACCAGCCACGGCCCUAUCGAGUGCGAAUACUUUGUUAACUGCGCUGGCUUCUGGGCGCGACAGGUCGGCCAGUUGGCGAAGCCUCAAGUGAAGGUUCCGUUGCUGCCCUGCGAGCAUUACUACUUGCACACCAAACGCAUCGAAAACUUAGACCCGAUGACUCCAGUCGUGAGAGAUCCCGACGGCUACAUUUACCUACGCGAACGCGACGGCUGUAUAUUGGCGGGCGGUUUUGAACCUGUUGCGAAGCCUGUCUAUGAAGAAGAAAUCGAAAACGCAUCGCAACGUUGCGUGGCCGAGGACUGGGACCAUUUUCACGUGCUCUUGCAAGAGUUGCUCAAACGGGUGCCGAGUCUCAACCAGGCCGUGCUACACAAGCUGUGCAACGGUCUCGAGGCCUUCUCACCAGACUGCAAAUGGAUCGUCGGGGAAGCCCCUGAGAUGCGCAACUACCACGUCGCAGCUGGCAUGAAGACCGUUGGCAUCUCAGCAGCGGGUGGCGUCGCUGAGGCGACCGCCGACAGAAUAAUCGACGGGUACACAAAGUACGACAUGUACGAACUGGACAUAAACCGUUUUCUCGGGCUGCACAACAAUAAGCGGUUCCUCAGGGACCGCGUUAAGGAAGUACCAGGUGUGCACUACGGACUUCCGUAUCCGUUCCACGAAUUCGAAACCGGUCGCAACCUCCGACUGUCGCCAAUUUAUCCAACUUUGCGCGACAACGGCGCCGUGUUCGGUCAGGUCAUGGGCUACGAGAGGCCCACGUGGUUCGAAACAGUCGACAAGGACAAAGCGGACCCGCAGAAGGAGCGGCCUUUUAAAAUCGCCCAUACAAAAACGUUCGGAAAACCGCAUUGGUUUGAGACCGUUCAGCAGGAGUACUGGGCGUGCAGGGAGGCCGUCGGAUUGGCAGAUUAUUCGUCUUUCACGAAAAUCGAUAUACAGUCGCAAGGCCGUGAAGUGGUUGAUUUCCUUCAGUAUCUGUGCUCCAAUAACGUUGAUGUACCAAUCGGAAGCAUCAUACACACGGGCAUGCAGAAUGACCGCGGUGGCUAUGAGAACGAUUGCAGCUUAGCUAGGAUUAGCGAAAACCACUAUAUGAUGAUCGCACCGACUAUACAACAGACGCGUUGCAAGGUCUGGCUCAAGCGUCACCUGCCGCGGAACGGGUCGGUGACCCUAUCUGACGUCACCUCGAUGUACACCGCCAUUUGCGUAAUGGGGCCCUUCACGAGGAACCUGCUAUCCGAGCUGACUGACACCGAUCUGUCACCCACCAAUUUCCCCUUCUUCACCUUCAAGGAGUUGGACGUGGGGCUCGCUAACGGCAUACGGGCGAUGAAUCUAACGCACACCGGCGAAUUGGGCUACGUUCUGUAUAUACCGAACGAGUUCGCGCUACACGUAUACAAUAGACUGAUGACAGUGGGGGAGAAAUACGGUAUAAGCCACGUCGGUUACUAUGCCUCGCGUUCUCUGCGUGUAGAGAAGUUUUUCGCCUUCUGGGGGCAAGACCUUGACACCAUGACAACGCCACUGGAGUGCGGCCGAACAUGGCGCGUAAAAUUCGAUAAGGAUAUCCCUUUCAUCGGUCGCGAGGCCCUACUCCGUCAGAGGGAAGAGGGCAUAGGGCGCCAAUACGUGCAGCUUCUUCUGACCGACCACGACCACGAGUUGGACCUGUGGUCGUGGGGCGGCGAGUCCAUAUAUAGGGACGGCAACUACUGCGGCCAAACCACCACCACCAGCUACGGUUACACCUUCAAGAAGCAGGUCUGUCUGGGUUUCAUCCAGAAUCUGGACAAGGACGGUCGUCCGCAGCCCGUCACCAACGACUACGUGCUCAGUGGACACUAUGAGAUUGACAUUGCCGGCAUAAGAUACGCCGCCAAGGUGAACCUCCACUCGCCCAACCUGCCCACCAAGUAUCCGGACAAGGAGCGUGACGUCUACCAAGCCACAAGAAGACCCCACGAGCCGCAUCAGUUCCUCGGGCGUCAUUACCAACCU